AAAUAUUUGAAUUUUACCCAAGUGAUUUGGAUGAUCCCAACUUCCUGUGUCAAAUCUCUUUUUACUGCUAUUUACCAAGCUCCAUCUCCAUUUGCUCUCUCUCUCUCUCUCUCUCUCUCUCUGUGAAUAUGUCCUCCAGUGCCUUGUCUCUCAAGAAAAAGCUCUUGAAGCCGACCUCAUUUUUCGGUGUCAAAUCAUGGGUUUUGCUUGUAAUCUUCAUAGCUCUAUUCACAGUUAUCACUCUCAUCAUCUCUCUGCUCUGUGUCAUCCAUUACCGUCGACGAAAAUCCUCCAAAUCCAACUUCCGUCUCCCGACUCCCAUUGUUUCCAAAACUACACACAAUGGUUAUUGUAAUUCAUCCCUGGACCGGAGGCUGCUUUCGCGUAACAUGUCUGAUAUUGAGAUGAACAGCGGGAAGCUGCAGCAGCACGGGCGUGUGUUUUCCGGUCAGUUCGCAUCUCCUCAGGCUAGUGGGAGAAUCCGAAAUAGUAAUGUGAUGGAGUUGGGACCGGUUUCUAUGUAUUCACAAAUGGUUCAGGAUGUGUGGAGGGGCAAAAAGUUUAGUCUCAAGGAGCUUGAGGUUGCAACGAAUGGAUUUUCGAAACAAAAUCUGAUUGGAAAUGGGGACUAUGGAAUUGUUUAUCAUGGCAUUCUGUUCGAUAAUACGCUCGUGGCAGUGAAAAGGCUAGUGAGUGACAGAUUCCAAGUCGACGACUUCAUCGCAGAAAUGGAGGCAAUUGGGUUUGUGAGGCACAAAAAUCUUGUCAAGUUGCUUGGAUACCACAUUGAAAGAGCCUACAGGUUGCUUGUGCAUGAGUAUGUAGAUAAUAAAAGUCUGCACCACUGGCUUCACGAAUGCUCGAAACUAGUCAGCCCUCUAACGUGGAGCAUUCGGUUGAAAAUAAUCCGAGGAAUCGCAAAAGGAUUGGCCUACCUGCACGAGGAUAUAGAACCGAAAAUCCUACACAGAAGCCUAAUAUCUAGCAAUGUGCUGCUCGAUCACCAAUGGGAUCCUAAGGUCUCGGAUUUUGGCCUAGCUAAGCUCUACAAUCCCGAGUGGGGAAUCACUAUAAUGGAAUCAUUAGGGUUAUUCAGUUACAUUGCUCCGGAAUAUGCUUCUACCGGUGAAUUCACUGAGAAGUCCGAUAUUUAUAGCUUUGGAGUACUCGUAAUGGAGAUCAUAACGGGGAGGAGACCUAUAGAUCGCAGUCAACCCCAACCAUAUGUGGUUGAAUGGUUAAAGUCCAUGGUUGCGGGACAGAAAAUUGCUUGCGUGGUUGACCCUAAAAUGCCAGAGAAGCCAUCUCCGAAGGAGCUCAAAAGGGUACUUUUGGUUGCUCUUCGUUGUGUUGAUCCCGAUUCAGAACAUAGGCCUCAAAUGGGAGAAGUUAUUCACAUGCUUGAGCUCCGUGACUUGAUGCUCUGCGAUUCAAGAACAGAGAAGAAAGCUUCUGCAAGAACAAAGCAUCUGCAAAAUUGGCACAAGAAAAUCCGUUGA